AUGGUUAAGAUGGGCCCUACAGUUGGUGGUAAUGGGGGCGAGACUUUCGCCCUCUGGCGUGAUAAUAAGCCUGUGGAACAACUGGAUGUAUGGUACGGCAGAGGAAGUGGUGAUUUCGAGAAAGAUAUCGUCCUGAAGGGAAUCAAAGUCCGAUGGGCCAAGGAUGAACAAGGCCACGUCGAACUGGGCCAGGCUGGAUCUUGCCCACCAAAUGAAGAACAGAGCAUACUGCACACCAAUUUUGAAUUUAGUUCUGGUAAUCAACCAAUUUACUGGAUGGGCUACUUCGAGGCUGGAGGAAUCAGCGGUGACCAAUGCAUCCAGCCUGCUAAUGGCAGAGAGCUAUAUGGUUUCUAUGGAAGGGCAGGAGAAGAUAUUGAUCAGCUAGGGGCAGUCUUCAAUGAUUAA